AGAUCCCAGAGUAAAAGGAUGGUUUCUCUUGACGAACUACAGACCUACCUUUAUCUUCUCCGUCUUCUAUUUAUUAACUGUAUGGCUAGGACCAAAGUAUAUGCGGAACCGACAGCCGUUUUCAAACAGGGGAGUUCUAGUGGUCUACAAUAUCGGGCUCACUCUCCUGUCCUCGUAUAUGUUUUAUGAGAGAUUAUACGGGUCCUCUGGUGGUAUUACUUCUCAAAGUUCAUUGAAUUUAUGGAUACUUUCUUCUUUAUAUUACGGAAAAAUAACCACCAAAUCACCGUUCUUCAUGUGUUCCACCAUACAACGAUGUUGAAUAUUUGGUGGUUUGUUAUGAACUGGGUGCCUUGUGGCCACU